AUGUCAGGUGACAGUCCCCAUACAACCCCCUCACGCAAGUCGUUGCGUCGCAAACCGCCGCCGGCUUUCCCCCAACCUAAUGGGCCUGAAAACGCUGAGUUUGCCCCUUCGGCGUCUCCUUCAAUCCUCCACAUUUCGACUCCCGCCAUUGGUAUUUCAGAGGCAUAUGAUAACCAUGUGUUCCAACCAGUGGGCCUAGAAGGAGGUCUGUAUCGCCCUAUGGGGCCCAAGGAGUUGCCCGAAUAUGAUCCAAAUGUCACAAACUAUGAUCCGAUGGGAUACGAGACUUUUGAAAGAUCUCCACCGUACCCGGUCCAGGACCCAGCUUUUAUCGAGAGUCCGGUGGAUAUGGAGCCCAUGUCACCAUCGCGAGAUCCCUGGCAAACGACGUUCACACCAAGCCGAAAAGCAGAGAUUUUGGACCAAUCUACCACAACACCCACCAAAAUUCCUUUCCUUGGAAUCCCCAGUCUAAGUGCUAAUGGGCGGCAACGCCGGACCCCGUCUCCAGAACGCAUCAACACCUUUUCUACCCCCGUUCCUCGCGCAAGCCGGUCCCCGUCUCCAAAAAAGUUGUACGGGCGGUCUCCGUCGUUGAUCUAUGAUCGAUUCCAACGGGAUACAGCUGACGAGUUGGUGUUUGACGACAGUUUUGUGGAGAAUGACGAAGAGUUAGUGGAACCAGAAUGGGAGCCCAUUCAUGAUUCUGACUAUGAAUCGGAGCCCGAAGAGUCUCCUACUACCGGAUUUUUUGACUACUCGAUUUUGCCAGACUUACCUUCUGCCAUCACCAAAGAAGAGUCUACUGAUGGGUCGCCCACGAAGCGGAUGACCUUGAACUCGGCCAUCUCGUUUGUGAAGGGAAAUACCUAUUUUGAUGAAGAAGGACUCGUUAGGAUGGGAACAAGGAAAAAGAAUGAGGACCUUCCUCCCGUACCGCUAGAUCUCCCCAAGUUACCGUUCUCGUCGUCUUCACUCGUGAGCCGCCAUUUCUCCGAGUGCCCAAACGUGUGGUGCUUAAGCGAUGUGUUUUCGUGGUGCUUGAAGCUACGGAUGUGGAUCCACGACCAGCUUAUUCUGAAAAAGGAGUUCAAGAGGGCCUUGAUCAAGUUGUUGGUGUACCACAAAAGAGACGUUCCGCUCGAUACCAUUGGCCCUAACGUGGAUCAGAUUGUACUGAGCUUGGUGUCGGCAGGGGCCAUCGCCUUUGACUAUGGAACUCUACCCAACGAAGAUGGUGAAAAGGCUUUACCCAAUCCCGUGGGGAUUCCAGAUGACGGAAAACCCACCAAAUCGAACCCCGGCGUAAUUCUUUAUGAAGGAGUCCAUGUCAGUGGUGUGUUAGUGGAUCUCACUAGUUGUUACUGUAAUAGUCGAGAUCACAAACAUGAGAAUGAGCUUAAACUUGGUGAUGUCAAGUUGAGGUGUUUUUCCUCACAGUGCUACCUCAAUAGAGUUCUCGACUAUGAAGCGAAGUUCAGAAACACGGAUAUCAAUGAAAUAGUGUUGGGAGAAGACUGGGCUUCUCAUUGGAAAUUGACAGCUGACGACUUGAAACAAUACGAUAAAGAUGUGUCCAAGAAGCAGUCGUUAUUGUUCGAUUUGUUGAGAUACGAACAAACCUUCAUUCAAAGGGCGAAGUGCUUUGUUGAGGUAGUGGGCCCCGAUUUUGUCAAAGCGGUUCGAACUCUCAUAGGAUCUCAGCAGAUCGUACUGAUGGGAAAGUUCGAUGAUGACGUUAUAAAUCCCGGGAAGGAAUUGCUUCAAAUACAUCAAAAGUCUCUCUUCGAACCCUUACUCAAGAUUUUGAUCUCAAACGGGAAAUUCAUAAAGGAUAUCGUCGAUAUCGGUAACAUAUACUACAACUGGUCUCAAGUGGUCAAACCAGCCCUCUUGAAAUACAUGAGUACGGUUCCAAUGAUAGAGGAACUAUUGAAUACCCCUGUUAUCAAACAAUGGGUCGAUGUUAAUGUUAGGAAAAUGACUCGAGUUAAAGAACUCAAAGUCAAUGGCCCUCUCUUAUUUAUGAGCACGUUUAACUCUCGUUACCAGCAGCUACCUUUACAGUUAUCUGAUAUCGUGUCGCAGUUUGAUGAGACCGAUUCCGACUAUGCUGCUUUAAUGAAGGCUGUAAAUGGUAUUAAAAGAACUGCUGCCAGAGUGAACGAGAUGAAGAGCCAUGCCGAUAACAUCCACUGCCUUAAACGGAUUCUGCAACAGCUUGUAUGGAAGAGCAAUGUUGCAAAGCCGAACCUCAACAUUGGAUCAGAAAAUAGAAGGCUCAUCUAUAGAGGAGAUUUGACAAGAAAAGGUGACUUGAGGAUCAAUUCUUCCCUAAAUCAAAUAAUUCUUUUGGACAAUUACAUGCUUAUAACAGACAGAAUCAAAAAUAGCAAAAGCCCUAUGGCCCAAUAUAGGGUAGUAGAGAAUCCUAUCCCAGUGGAGUUUUUAUUGGUAGAAGUGAGGGAAAAGGAAUCUCCUACAAUUGAGUUGAAUUCAAUCACAAAGACUCUUACUCUGCUGCCACAACAAGCGUACCCCAGACAUGAACUUCUUGUCGACCAAGAAGACCCUUCCAUAUAUCCUUUCAAGGUAAGACACGCAGGUCAUGGAAAAAACAAUUCCUUUGUGUUUUCUACAAAAACAGAAAGAGAUAGAACCAUUUGGGUAAACCAUUUAAUGGACGCCCGUUCAAACUUGUGUUCACGGUUGAACAAAGUCGAACCAUACAACUUGAAGCUCAUAUCAAACACGUGCUUUGCCUACGAAGAAUCCAACAGGGUCACCAAGUUGCAGUCGUUGAGUCCAAAUGACCCCAUCGAAAAAAUGUCGACAAACUCUCUAAGCAUCAUGAAUAGUUUGGGGUAUACUGGCGACCUUUAUUCGUUCAGUAAUACAUCCAAACAUGUUGUUUUCAGUACCGUUAGGUCCUCGGCGAGCUUUGCCUAUAACAGCACCAAUUUCUUCUUCGUUGGAACUAGCAGUGGAGUGUACUGCAGUGACAUGGUCCAUGGUUGGAAGCGGGUGGUACUGAUUAGUGACACCACCAAGAUAUCGGUUCUUCCAAAGAUCAACUUGGUGAUAAUGUUGAGCAAUAACAGCUUGAGAUAUUACCCGUUAGACGUUUUGAUCAACUACUACUACGGCAGAAGGGAUACUGUAAGUAGUGUAGCCUUAUCAAGUGAUGCGGUUUCGUUUUUUGAGGUGGACAAGCACCGAGAGAUCACGAUGCUUUUCUAUGCCAAGAAGAAGGGAAACUCUUCUGGAGCCACCAACUUCAAGGUUUGUGUACCAGAAACCGACAAUGACGGAAUUUUUAGUGCCUUUAAAGUGGUGAAGAAGUUCUACGUGCAAGCCGAGUGUUUUGGAAUCUCCAUCUUCAACAGCUCAUUUGCUGUCUACACCAGUAAAGGAAUCGAAAUUCUUGAACUCGAUAAGCUCCUCCCCAGAUCGGUCCCUGAGAUUCCUAAUUUGGAUUCACUGACCAAAAAGAUCGACGUUUAUUCCCGAAGAUCACUCCCAACCACCCCAAAUGCCCCUGAGAUCGACAACAUACGGAGAGCCAUCUAUGGCACCAGCUCCAAGCCCAUGGGGAUGUUCAAGCUCAAUAACAACUCGGAGUUCCUCUUGGUAUAUAACGAGUGUGCGGUGUUCAUCAACAAGCAUGGAAAGCUCUCGCGGUUCUCAAUGCUUCGUUUUGACUACAAGGCUCGCUCCAUAGGAUUCCAGGACAACCAUCUCUUCAUUGUGUGUGAAGAGGCCAUUGAAGUAUGGUCCAUCAGUGACUUUGUCAAAGGUACCAACCGGCUCAUCCAGGUAACAGUAGGAAAAGGCAUCCGAAUGGUCAAUCUGCAGUCUUUGAUCUUCUCCAUGGCCAACCCCACUGUUCCUGGACUUCAAUUGGUGUUCCAGCUCCUGACCAAAUCACAUUAACAUUAGUGUAUAUUAUGUAACUUAUGCGUAUAUCGGCCGAAUCGGUAGUGGACCUCGGCAGUAGGUGCAACUCCGCGCGAAACUUGGGGAAACUUUGCAAACCUCACCAACCGCAGUUCUUUUUACAAAAGAUAUACAAUGGUUGAUUUUAAUGUCCAAGGCAAGGUUGCUGUAGUUACAGGAGGUACCAGAGGAUUGGGUCUCUACUGUGCUGAGGCAUUUGUGUUGAACGGGGCCUCCGCAGUGGUGAUUUCAUCUAGAAAACAGAAGGCAUGUGAUGAAUCCAAGAAGUACUUGGAAAAAUUGGCUGCUGACAACGGGAAAACUUGCCGGGUGAUUGGAAUUGCUGCCGACGUUUCAAAGGAGAGCGACUGUAACCUCUUGUUCGAAGAGACCAGCAAACAUUUCAAGAAAGUCGACAUUUUGGUUGCUAAUGCUGGUGCUACUUGGGGGGCCCCCAUUGGAGAUCAUCCGAUCUCAGCCAUGCACAAGGUAUUGGCAUUAAACGUGGUGGGAGUAUUCAACUGUAUCCAGUUGUUUACUCCUUUGUUGGAAGAAGCUGGGACCCCCGAAGAUCCGGCCCGAGUAGUUAUCAUGUCUUCUGUGGCCUCUAUUGUGUCUUUAGAUGCAGCAGGAGUAUACGGUUACACUGCCUCCAAGGCCGGUGUCAGCCACAUGGGAAAGUCAUUGGCACUUCAGUUGGGUCCCCGGAACAUCACUGUCAACUCGCUUGCUCCUGGCUACUUCCCAACCAAGAUGGCCAACGGACUUAUUGAAGUGGCUGGAGACAUUUUGGUGGACACCAACCCCAGAAGAAGAUUAGGAGAGAAAGAAGACAUCCAAAGUGCCAUUUUGUUUCUCUGCUCCAAACAAUCCAACUACAUCAACGGAGUGGUAUUGCCAUUGGACGGUGGCACGCACUUGGCUCCAGGUGCACGGUUGUAAAACCUGAUGAUGUUGUAGUAAAUAUCAAUGUACGAUUGAAAUUUAAAAG